CUCUUGGUUGCAGCAUCGAAAUCGAACCUAAUCGUGGACAUCGAGCCAAAACGCCAGACCGCUGUGCGACUCGGCGAGAGCCUUCAAAUUUUGUGCAGAGUGGGAAGACCACUUCGGGUCUGCCGCGUGGAAAUACCUGGCGAGGAAGGUGGCAUGGUGUUGUCCAAGGGACAACCGCCCGAGGAUGGUAUCGAGUACUAUGGCGAAGGUACCGAGGCGGGCCAAUGUGGCGUUCGCAUCGCCAAGAUCAAGGAGAGUCACGACGGAGUUUUCAAGUGCACUCUCACGACCACCGAUAGUCGAGCGGAGGCACAGGCAUCCAUGACGAUCAUCGUAGCCAAACCGCCGAAUAACCCGGAGCUUCAAACGAGUCCAGGGUCCGACGGAAGGAACAUAUACAGAAAAGGGGAAAAACUGGAAGUGAGUUGUAGCGCGCCAGCCGGACGACCAGCGGCCAACGUUUCUUUGUUCCUCGACGACGAGCCGAUCGGCAACGAGGAAAGACCGACGAUUUACGACUCGAACGUGGACGACAACUCGCUGGCCGUGCAGAACGCGUCCCGUAUCUUGGACUGGACGGACAAUGGCAAGGUCCUUCGAUGCGUCGCCUGCCACAUUGCCCUCGACCGGCCUAAGGAAACGACCAUGCAACUGCAAGUCUACUAUCCUCCUCAACCGCAGCCAACCAUCGAGCGUUUCGGAUACGUAAUUGGACGACAGGGGGUCGUGAACGUGACCGUUUACGCAAAUCCUAGGCCGCGUUUCUUAUGGCGAGUGAACAACGAAGUGAUCAACGAGGGUCGUCCAGACGAAAGCAACCGACUCGAGACCUCGACCGCCACGGAUUUGGGAAGAGGAGCGUGGAGCGUGAUUCUAACGAUCGACAGCGUACAAAAGUCCGACACGGAGAAGGACUACGUCCUGGAAGCCCGUAACGGCGAAGGGGCUUACGAAUAUCGUAUCAUUUUGUCGACAGCCACAGAACCCGCAGGCGUCGAUUUAGAUGCUGGCUCUAUCAUCGGCAUCGUCGUCGGAGCCCUGGUGCUACUUCUCAUCGUUUUCAUACUAAUUUUUGCUCGCGCGACUGGACGCUGGUGCUUCGCAGGUAACACGACGUCUAGGAACCUCGGCGAGUCGAGAUCGGACAGAAUCCGAGACAUAGCGGAUCCGGCAGCGAGCGUUAGUCUACUUCGUUUUGAGAAAUCGAAAACCGCAGACGAAACCGAUAGGCGAAGAAGUGAUACGGAAAGUGCCGGCCGCUACUCCAGAACGGAAGUCGACGGACCUCGAGGUGAACGGAAAUCGAGGAUCAGUCUGUCCCGCCUCUUUAAACGGAACAAGGACAAAGUGUCUGGCGCGGACACGGACACCAUGAGAACAGUGGUCACAGUCGACGACGAAAAGCUUCAGACCGGGGUGCCAACUGCUCAAGAAACUAAACCGAAUCCUGCUACGGGCGAGGGAGGAAUAGUUUACGCGGAAUUAGACUUGACGCAGCAGCAGCAGAGCGGUCCACCUCGUCGUUUAGCCGAGGACAAAACGGAAUACGCCGAAAUUUUGUACACGAAACCAGCGACGGAGGAACAGCAGGAGACAGCCAACGAAUAAGAAAACCAGCCAGUUCGCACAAGAAGGCGUAACAAUAAUCGCCAUUGCAAAACAAUCAAACGUUUUACGUUUUCUCCGAUCGUUGCCGGAUCCUUUUCACCGUAAUAUGAAGCCAUUGUGUCACUUGAAAUUUGUACGGUUCAAUUAAUUUCUAACGUGUGCGAAUUUUUGUAAUGACGAAAGGUUAUUACACCACUAAGGAUAUCAUAUAAUAAACACGGUUUUUACGUUUAACUGAAAAGGAUCUCGCGAUCUACUUGUCGGUCCCCAUUUUUUACGAGUUACUUCGUAGGUUACAUUAGAGAAUUUCCAAUCCGCGAGAAAAUAUGAUGAUCGAGAACGUUUCAACAGGUAAUUAUCUAUGAAAGUAUCUCUUCCGACAAUUGACUUUGAUUUUUCCCAAAAUGUCGAUUUUUGCAAAUAUCGAAACGAUAUCGGGAGGCUUCGAAGAGACAAUCGGCUCGAUUUCUAGAACAACGCAAUGCCUCAAAUUUUUUUCAUCGUACGAUUCGUACGAUUCAGCGAGAGCAAGUAUAAACCAAUGUUAGUCUCCAACCGAUACUCGUCCAUUUUCGCGCGCAAAAUCGAGACACGCAAGUUGAAGUUGGUGCAUGCAGAAUAAGAGAUACCUCGCGCGAAGAAAUAAGAACAAAAUGGCCGUGAAAUAAGAACAAAAUGAUAGCAGGUUUUCUCAGGACUUGAUGCAAACGAUCAAUGACAAUUUCUAUCAAAAUAAUAUUAUAAGAUCAAAAAUAGUAAGAAUAACGUUAAACAGUGGCAAUCCAAAAAUUGUUGGACAUUUUCCUCGUGAGAAAAUUUGAAUCUGUCUUAUACGGAAUACGCAAAACUUCUGUUAACUGUAUUUUCGCACGUUUUGCAUCUAUGGUGAUCGAACGUCAGGCGACCGAUUUGCAUCAGGUCCUCGAAAUCAAAUGCAAAAGUCAGAAGUCAGAGUCAGAGUUUCCACGUACUUAAAUCCUCCUUGUUAAUACCGUCGUCGCGCGUUUAAAUGUAAUCUGUAAAUGUAACAUUUGUGUAUCGUGCGUGCUGUUCGUUUGAAAGUCGCUUGAAAAUGUUCGCUACCUACGAGCUGCUGUUGAAUAAUGCGUACAAGAUUCAAGACGGAAUCGUUUAUCGAAUUUUACGAAAGUUGAAGCACAAAGUGAAAGCUAUGAAAGUAAAUUGUUGACAGCUGAAAUAAAUAAAACGCGCGAGUUUUCACUCGGCGCGUUUCUCAGCCCCCGUUAAAUUUCAUUCAACGUUUAACAAUAUUUUACACUUCGCAAUAGAAGGUCAUUGUACUAAGUUAAUCUGAACGGUGAACGAACCAAGCUGCUUUAAAACUGCGUUUGUCUAUCGUGAAUUUUCGUAUGCUUGAACGAUAAUAUAUUAUACGUUACAGACACUUUACUAAUUUCGUACCGCUAACAAACGUGUAUUCACACGAUCGUGAGAAUUGUUAUAACAGUGUUCUAACAUUAAUUAAUUAAUAUUACGAAUAUUUGUAUAAUUCUUUUUAUAAAAAUUAGUUGUACCUUAUCAUCGCUAAAAAAAAGAAAAAAAAAGAAAAAAAAAACACUUGAAAUUCGUGUCAUUUUUAAGCUGAAGACCAGUGUCAUUAUCAUCGUAGAUAAAAUAAUCUCGUUUUUUUUCUUUUUAAACAAAUAAACGUCCAUUAUACUUAUGUGUCAUUGUAUUGUAAAGUUUUAAUGUUAAUAUUAAUUGCCGUCCGCCAUUGAACUUUCUUAUUAAUUUGUACGUAUUUUUGUCAAAUAAAUUACA